AUUAUGAUUAUGUUGAUUAUAAUGACAAGGACGAUGAUGACGACGAUAAUGAUAACGAUGAUGAUGAUGGAGGUGGUGAUGAUGAUUAUUAUAAUAGUGGUGGUGGUAGUGGUGAUAAUGCUUAUGAUGAUGACGACGGCGAUGCUGCUGCCGCUGCUGAUAGUGAAUACGAUGAUGAUGAUACUGGUGGCCUCUUUCGUAUGGCCCGAUUGUGUUCCCGUCGAGCGGUUGCGACCUCGACGUCUGGCGCCGAGUCCUGGUCGACUCAGUCCAAUCUGAGGGUCAAUUCGGCAUGCUUUUGGAGGACUCAACUGCCUUUUCCGGCCGUUUCCAGCCCCCAUUCCGUUCGCAUUGCUCCUCUUGCCUCGUCCAGUGCCUGUAGGCGAAGAGGCGGAAGGUCAACGCUUCUGUUGAAGGCAUCAAGUCACACAAAGUUCUCCUCCACUCCUUCUCCGGUUCCCAAUCCUGUGCCGGCCAGCUGGAUCCAGACACUGUCGCAACUGAGGUCGCAUCUGCCCUUUUUUCUGACCCGACGCAAACUACGUCGAUCUGACCUGUCCACGAUCGGACCGACUGGAACAACUGGACAAACUGACAAUUCAUUAAAUUCGCCUCAACUUAGCUUGUGCUGCGCGAGCUCUGCUUUAACCGCGUUUUUGCCUCUUAACGAGCAUCCAACAACCGGUUGUCAAGCUGUUCAGUCUAGCCUCGACGUCUGCAGUGUUGUCCACGACAUUCACCUUUACUUGUGUUGGUCCGUUGUCUCACCCUUACACCAACCAUCUCUCCUAUUCACUACACUACACUUCACUACACUAAACUAA